UCACAAAGAUAAUAAAGGUUCCUCCGUUAGCUGAAUCAAUUACUGAAGGCACAAUUUCAAAGUGGAACAAAAAGGCUGGAGAUUCCGUUCAACAAGAUGAGGAAAUUGUGACAAUCGAAACUGACAAGGUCGAUGCUCCAGUUAAUUCCCCAUAUACUGGAAAGAUACUCGAAAUAUUUGCAAAUGAGCAAGAUAACGUAGUUGUGGGCCAAGAUCUUUGCAAAGUGGAGUUGGGGGAUGCUGCGGCUUCUGAACCAGAACCUACCACAACUUCAAAACCAACCACGCCUCCAACACCACAACCUUCCGCUUCCUCAACACCACCACCUUCCGCACCUCCAACACCACCACCUUUCGAAUCUCAAGCACCACCACCUUCUGCACCUUCAAAACCUUCACAACCUUCGAGCAAGGCAAAAGGAGAAUCUCUUUACGGUGCAAGAGAAGAACGUGAGGUUAAGAUGAACAGGAUGCGCUUGAGAAUUGCCGAACGUUUGAAAGAAUCACAAAAUACUGCUGCCUCAUUGACAACUUUCAACGAAAUUGAUAUGACCAAUAUUAUUGAGCUUCGUAAUACUUACAAGGACGCAGUUCUCAAGAAACAUGGUGUCAAACUUGGAUUUAUGUCCGCAUUUGUAAAGGCAUCCACUAUUGCACUCCAGGAAGUUCCAGCUGUCAAUGCAUCUAUAGCAGAAUCCGGUGAUACCAUCAUAUACAGGGACUAUGUUGAUAUGAGCGUUGCAGUUGCAACACCGAAAGGUCUUGUGACUCCUGUGAUUCGCAAUGCCCACCUAUUAUCAUUUGUAGAAAUUGAAAAGGCUAUUGCUGAAUUAGGCCAAAAAGCUCGAGAUGGGAAAAUGACCAUCGAAGAUAUGGCUGGGGGUUCUUUCACCAUUUCUAAUGGAGGUGUAUUCGGAUCACUUCUUGGAACUCCAAUUAUUAACCUGCCACAAAGCGCGAUAUUGGGGAUGCAUGCCACGAAGGACCGUCCCAUUGAAAUUCGACCAAUGAUGUACAUUGCUUUAACCUAUGAUCACCGUCUGAUUGAUGGCCGUGAAGCUGUAACAUUUUUGAAAACAGUCAAAGAACAGGUUGAAGAUCCUCGCCGCCUUUUGUUAAACGUUUAA